AUGAUGAAUUGCCCUGGUGCGUCUGAAGCUGAAGGUGUUGGCGAACCACUCCCGUGUACGAAGGAGAAGAUGCAACCCCUUCGUCCACGGGCCCAUCAGACACGAGGACGGCCCAUCCAGAGCCCGGCUGCCUGGGCCUCUGCACGAGCCAAAGGAGUUGUUGCCCAAGUGUCAUCGGCACCGAAUCGCCUGGAGGUCCGCGUCGAGCUAGCGCUGGACUCACCGCUGCCACCUUUUCUCUGGGCCACUGCAGCAGCGGAAGGUCGAGGCCCGCUUCGUGAGCGGCCGGGCUUGGCUUUUUGCGGCUUCUACUACCGCACCAUCGACUUCAACGCUGCACCAGCCUUUGCACACACUCAAUUUCGCUUCUACCUUUUCUGGAGCCGUUUCUUCAGCGAUUGGAAGAUUGCCGGCGCACUGAGUGAGAAAGGUGCUUGCACUGCCUUCUUCGAUGGUAGCCGUGAUGACCCUCCAUGGGGCCGUGCAGCUGGUGGUGAUCCAAAGCCACAGCAAUGGGCGGUGUGGGACGCCGCGGCUGAUUCGUUCGCGAAGCGCUCCGUGCUGAUAAGGCCGCUGAAGAGCGCCUGA